CUUCGCUUGAACACGGAAUUUGACUAUCAAGAUGCCUGGUGGUAAAGCUGGAAAGGAUUCUGGAAAGGCUAAAGCCAAAGCAGUAUCUCGAUCAGCCCGUGCUGGGCUUCAGUUUCCAGUCGGUCGUAUCCAUCGUCACUUAAAGACGCGAACUACAAGUCAUGGGAGAGUUGGAGCGACGGCUGCCGUUUAUAGCGCAGCUAUUCUUGAAUAUUUGACUGCUGAAGUUCUGGAAUUGGCUGGAAAUGCUAGUAAAGAUUUGAAAGUAAAACGUAGCACACCUCGUCAUUUGCAGUUGGCUAUCAGAGGAGAUGAAGAGUUGGAUUCCCUAAUCAAAGCUACCAUUGCUGGUGGUGGUGUUAUUCCCCAUAUUCACAAAUCACUGAUAGGAAAGAAGGGGUCUCAAAAGGCAGCAUAACCACCCUUUUAGUGUUCAAGCUCAUUUUAUUUGAUGUUGUUUGGGUCCUGCGUACAUUUGAACUGUUCAUCAUUGUUGUUCAACCACCAAUCCGUGUAGAUUUUUAUUUCCUUUUUUAUAUUGUCACCACAACCAUGGACCAUUUUAAAUUUUCAUUUAAUAAAUGUCAUCUUCACAAGUGGAA